UUCAUAAACAUGAGGCAUUAUUGUAGCUAGGCUACCAACAUGAUUGGUAUGCAACCACAAAAUCUUGUUAUCUGUCAUCUAGCACCCAAACAUCUGAGUUCUGCCAUCGAAUGUAAUCGUCGCAAUGGCAGCGGUAAUCUGCACUGGGGCCCAACUUUUAAAGCAACAAACUGGAAUUGUCUCCAUUGCAUACGUUCGUGUAAAUAACUACAGCAGCGAGAAGAAGGCGUUCAAUCUCAGCUCCUUGAAGCGUGGUACUGGUGGCCGGUCGAGUUUCAACGGCGUCGUUGCGACUGUUUUUGGAGCUACUGGCUUCCUAGGUCGCUAUGUGUGUAAUAAACUUGGCAAGAUUGGCUCUCAGUUAAUCAUCCCUUAUAGAGGUGACAAUUACGAGCCACUCCGCUUGCGUCUAUGCGGCGAUCUUGGCCAAGUCCUCUUCACUCCCUUCUAUUUAAAAGAUCAAGCAUCAAUUGACAAAGCCGUCAAGUAUUCCAACGUUGUAAUCAACUUAGUCGGUCGCGAUUGGGAGACCGCAAACUUCAAAUUCAAUGAUGUUCAUUGCGUUGGUGCUCAGGCCUUAGCCAGAGCAGCAAAAGCUGGCGUUGAGCGGUUCAUUCAUGUCUCAUGUCUCAACGCUGAUGAACAUCCAGCUAGCUAUCUACUCAAAGGAGGGUCUAACUUUUAUAAAAGCAAGGCAUGCGGCGAGCAAGCCGUGCUUUCCGAAUUCCCCGAAGCCACAAUCAUUCGUCCUUCGGAUAUCUACGGCCAGGAAGAUAGAUUUCUGCGGUAUUACGCGCACGCAUGGAGGAGGCAAGUACAAUGGAUGCCAUUGUACAAGAAAGGUGAAAGCACCAUUAAACAACCCGUGUUUGUCAGCGAUGUAGCAGCUGGAAUCGUCGCUGCAUUAAAAGACCCAGACACUGCCGGGAAAAUCUAUCAAGCUGUAGGCCCAACCAGGUAUUACCUAUCCGAUUUGGUAGAUUGGUUCUAUAAAGUAAUGAAAAAGGAUGAAGAAUGGGGUUAUUGGAGGUAUGAUAUGAAAUGGGACCCAUUCUUCCAAAUGAAGGUGUCUAUGACGAAAAUGAUAAGUCCAUCGCAUCCGAUGGCGAAUUUACAUUGGGAGAGGUUGGAAAGAGAGUGUGGAACUGAUGUGGUCGAACGCAACUUGCCCACAUUAGAGGAUUUGGGCGUGAAUUUAACGCGAAUGGAAGAUCAAGUCCCAUGGGAGUUACGGCCGUAUAAUUACGGCUUGUAUUAUGCGCAGGCGGCUGAGGAGCCGUUUGCUCAGCCUCCACCACCUAGGCCAGCGAAUUAAAAACAAAGGAACAUAUUUAAAAAAUAAAACCAAUUGAAAACCUGUGUAAUCUUAGAGAAAUUAUUUGUUAAUGUAUAUAUUACUGAUUUACUGGUCGACAAAUAGAAUCCACGAAGUUUAAACCGAGGAAAA